AUGGCUCAAUGGGUUAUAACCGGAAUAUUAUUCCAGUUAUUUAGCACCAGAAGUCAGGGCACAAGUUCAUACUCUGCUAACAAAUUUAAUGGCAUAUUAAAGAGCUCUGAAUUGGACAGCAGAGCUGGGUCAUCAAGAGUCAGCAAAUUUGAAUAUCCCAAAGAAGAUACAACUCAUGGAGUCGGUUAUGGACAUCACUUGCAUCCAUUUUACUAUCAAGGAUUUCCUCCCUUGUACUCAUGUGCCUUACAAGGAGAAUGGCAUCCUAUUGUACAACAUGCAUACCACAGCAGUACAAUUCAAAACCAAGGCAGAAGUAUGUCAACAAUGGAUGGAGACAUGUACAAACCUUACAUGUACAGCAAUGAUUACACUGCCAGGACAAAUGCUAACGAUAGGAGAAUUGUCACAGCAGAACACCAUCUGAAACAUUAUCUAGAUGGUGGUGCUACCAUUUUUACACUCAAGAGGGCAGACACCACCCUUGACUCAAUUCCUCAAGAAAGAUUGAACAAAAAAUACAAAGGGGAUCUGAUGACACCAGAGAAGCAACUACAUCACAGUUCACAUAUACACUUCAAGUCAGGCAACAAAACUGCGGCUUCUCCUUCAAAUGAAAAUAAGAGAAUUCCUACAUUCCUCACACCCCCCUUACCACCAACAUCACUAAGAGAUGUUGUAGCUCAGUUACAGCAGCUGUUGCCUGGCAGAAGACACUUCAGUGUCAGAAAUGACCAGAAGUUGGUGGAUAUACUGACUACUCUGCAUAUUCUGCCACAUCCUGAAGAGACUGAUUACUUGUAAAUUAAGUAGAAAUUACCAAAUUUUAAGGUUUGAAAAUAUUCCCAUAUAAGUGUCACUCUGGCCAUAACACUUAGAAUAACGUUGUUUUCCAUCUCCAAGUCAUAUCUGUUGAAGAAUACAUCAAUUUCAUGAUGUUUCAAUAUGUCAAAUUAUAGUAUAUACAAAAUACUGUUAUUUUCAGUAAUUGGUUUCAUUUCUUGAAUUAUCUGUCUUUCACACAAAGUAAUGUAGGAAGACUUUGUUCUUUGUCGACCAAUAAAGUAAAAUUUUGUGCUAGGGUCAAGAGAAUACUAAUAACAAAAUUAGAAAAGUGGGAUAAAAAUGAGUAAGUUUACACUUCAGACAAUGUUUAUCUCUACUCUUAUCACAGAACUACAAUCAAAAUACCUAUGUUUAAGUUGGCCUAUUUAAUGGUCAGAACUGAUUAAUGAAUUAUAUUCAUGAAGUGAGAUACCACUGCAAUGGCAUCAUAUUUACGAGACACUUAUGGAUCAUAAUAUUAUUUAUGAAAUCCUGUCUCUCUCAUCUAAGAGAUAAUGAUUGAAAAUAGAAGUGAUGUUGCUAUGUUAGCAGUAUAAUUUACAUAUGCUGAUGGACUUGCCUACAUUUUAGCUUGGAACCUAUCUUGAUGAACUGGCAUAUUAUGGAAGACGUGGUGUGUCUUUUAUUCAGACAAUACUGUUUCUAACUGACUUCUACUUGGAGUCACUAUAACUGAUUCUGCUCAAUAGGAAAUUACCUAUAUAUUAAUCCCCAAAACACGAACACCUUACCUUCCAUCACAUAAUUAAAAGCAUCAAUACGCAAAAACUAAUAUCACUGAGACAAUCUUAAGGCUGCCUCACUCAGCUGCUAAAUGUACUUAUGUGAGAUUUCAUAACUCAUAGUUAAAGUAAGUUUCAUAACUUAUAAAUAAACAUAAAAUUGUUAUUUUUCUUAUCUUUGAACAAUAUACACGUAUACAACAUUUUUAGCAGUACUUAAUCGUAUUCCUGAAUCCAGGUCACACAAACCUUCCACCUGCAAACAAGAACUCUAUCAUAAAUUUUAUGUUUUUGGACAUUAUCCAUCAUUCUCUUGUCACUGAACUCUCUUAGGAAAAAACUCAAAAAUACUAGUCAUAAAAAUGCUAUUCUGUUCUGCACAAAGCAGUCAAAAUAAGAAAUUUAAUUUCAUGAGUGUACACCAGAUGAGCCAAAGAUCAGAGUUCUUUACCUCCUCUCACUGGAUUCUCGGCAGCUUCCACUUCACCUCUGAAAGAAGUAUCCACCGUCUUAACAGCACUGAUUUCUUUUUCUGAAAUAACAGCUAUAUUAAAUAACAUUUGUUAUAGUUUCUUUCUACCCUAAAAUAAAGGAAGCUGCAUCAUUUUCACUUUAUGUACUUGUAUUAACUCAUACCUACAUACCCAGCAAAUGAAUACAAAUAUAUUACAUACAUUAGUGAAUACUGUGGGAAAAUGUCCUGUAAUUAAAAAUAUCUUUUGAUUUUUAUUUACAGAAAUGCAUGAUCAUCUGUUACCUUAAUCUGUGUGUGUGUGUGUGUGUGUGUGGGCGCACGUGUACUGUAUAUGAUGCGUAUAUAAACAAAUAAUAUAAGCUGCUCAGUCGAAACAGAUAUAAACAGAAUUAUAAAUCAGUAACUUACCUUGAUGCUGAAGUUGUCAUUUUAUGUAAUUCAUUGGAAUAAAUUUCCUAAUGCAGAGUUAACACAUUGUCAUAAAUAUCUUCAUUUCUUUUAAUGAUAAAUUCAAUGGAAAGAAGAACAUUCAGACAAGGGCGAUGUAUUUAAAAAAGACAAAAAAUUCUUGUGUAUUUUCUGAAUUCUGGCUCAUGAAUUCAGUUAAUUCAACUCACAAACAAUUUAAUUCCUCGUGGGAAGGCAAAGUGAUAAUGCCCUUGACUCAUUUUUGGCAGGCAUCUCUUCAAGAUAUUGCUAAUCCUGAGAUUUUCAGUUUUACAUAGUCAUUCCAAGCACAUGACUGGACAGUACCUUGCUCAGACCUUGACUGCUCUUUUCGAGAUACUUCCCAUUUGAGCAUUCAUCACCCUCCUACCAUGCAGCAGUAUGUACUCUAGAUGUUGAUAGUGUUGUGAAUUAAACUACAAAAGACAUGAUAAUUGUGGUGAAGAUAAAAUGUAUUGUACAACCUGCGCCACCUCCAACAAGUUGCAGCAAUAUAAACCGAUAUUUGGUUCAAAAUUAGUCUAGGGGUUAAGAAUAAAGGACGUUUUUGAUAGUCAUCGGUGACUUGCAAUUAUUGGUGACCCACAUAAUGAUAUGGCCAUCACUAUAUAAUAAUUAAGAAGGGUUUCAUUUGUGGCCUCAUUAUAAAUCAUCAAUCAUAAACCUCAAUCAUAAAUUCUCAAUAAUAAAGCAAAUCACAGGAUUUUUCUCUCCCGCACUAAAAUUUGAGAUUUCGAAGAUUGUUGUUGCUCUAUGGAAAUGGAAUUGGAAAUCACAGACAUUUUUUUCUGAUUUUGUUGCCUAUUGCUGAAAAAAUUGAAGAUUUUUCUGUUUGGUAUUUAGUAACAUAAAUUUCAGUGUGAGUGACAGAAAUGUUUCUGACAUUAACUAAGGAAUGGAAAAGGAACAAAAAUUAAACACUGGACAACAAAUGUUUGUUGAAUUUGAGGCCAUGAGGCUUAGUGAAGUGCAAGAUAUCAGUAGAUUCAGCCUUAGUACAUGUCAAGAGAGGGCAGGAAUAAUAUUAUACUAGGGACAACUAAACAAUUUUUCUGCAGAAAGGUUAAUAUCACUUCCCAGUGUCCUGUAUUAUUUCAUAAAUUUUAUUUAUUAUUCACAUUUUAGAAUUUUCAGACUCGUGAGAAAUUAACUGCUGAUUCUCAUUUCUUUAUGGGUCUUCUUGGCAAAAACUGGGCUAUCAAGGAACACUGCCAACUUGACAAUUAGGCCUACUUCUAACCACACCAGAUGUAUACAGACUUAUAUACGCAGUAUAACAAAAUUAUAGGUUUAUAAAAUUUAAACAUUAUAAUCAAAACAAAGAACUUGUUAUUAAAACUAUAAAGAUAACUUGAGAUCAAAAAAUGAUUCAAUGAGUAACAUAUUCCCAAUGUAGACUUUCCAAGGACAGUAAGUCUACUUUGUUUUUUCCACUCAUUCAUGCUAUAGGGUGCAAUAUCCUACGGAAAUUCAAUAAUAAUAAUAAUGCACCUAGUAAAGUAUUCCUUCUGCAGGAAAGAAUAAUCAGAAUUAUGUUUAGUCCUCAGAGAAAUGUGUCAAAUAAAUAUUUAUAUAAGAGAUUCUGCAUACUAAAACUUCAGUCUGAGUAUACAUUUAAUUUAAUGACACUUAAAAUUUAUAAUUAUGAAAUUUCUUUAACAAAUUCAAAGUUUCAUGAAGUGAACACGAAGCACAGACAUGAUCUUCACAGACAGUAUUCAAAAAGGUUGUACACUAUGCAGCAAUUAAAUUGUAUAGCAAGCUCCCAGUAGGAAUUGAAAGCCUGUCAAAUAACAGAAGACAAUUUGAACUGUCAUUGUCAUAUAUCUCCUACUCUCCUGAAUAAUUUGUACACUUUAUGUAAUUAACAGCAGCUUGUUACAUUAUUUAUGGAACUGUAAUACUCAAUGUGGACUAACUAUAACGAAUUUGACAUUUAUGAAAAUUUAUGUGAAUCGUGCCUUGUGCUUGGGCUUUUCUGGCUUGCUUAUCGAGUUUAUUUGUACAGUGACUUUUCCAGUGUCCAUAGAAUUAAUACAAUCUAUCUACAAUGUCCAUCCAUCUAGCUCGAUCAUGCUAUGACUUCGGUAUGCAUGUAAAUAAAUUACAUUAAAUUAAAAGCUGGAAUAAAAAAGUAUAAAAUGAAAAUGAAAUAUUCUCAUAUUUUAAAAUCAAAUUUUAUGGAAUAUGUAGGCCUCUCUUACAACUUGGACUGGGAAAAUGUAAAUUUUGUGCUUCAAAAACUAUUUUCUGUGUUUAUACUUUUAUAUGUACUACAUAACUGACUUCACUCCUGCGAAAAUAA